AUGUGGCCAUCACCUUUUUUGCGGUGCUUUGGGUUUGUUGGGCUGAGAUUUGACAACCAUCCACCCAUAGAACCAAACUUUGAACAACAUCCAUGGUAUGUGGUGUAAUAAAUGCAUAUGUUUAGUUGUAAAGUAACGUGGUUCCAGUGCUGCAGUUUACAAGGUCAGGCCACUGCUCAGUCCGAGAUCAAGAUGUGUUUAAUAUUAGGAACCACACAUCGCUCUAUUCCGGUGGUGGUGGGCCCGUGAAUCGGGGUCCUUGGCAUGGCACACUGCCACGGAGUGAGCUAAACACAACUUUUGGAGCAGCCUAAAUAUCUUCACAUCCAUUCCCAAGAUGCGUUUAAAGCUCAAGAGAAUCGCCUCUACGCUUCUCUUCGGACUUUUCUGUUCUGUGAUAACAGCUCUUCAUCUCUCUAGCAAAUCGCCUCAAAAUGGGGAGGCAUCACAGUUUCACAACAACGGCGGCGUGCCACGUCCGAGAGGAGUCAACGACCAGAAAGUUGCCCGUAACUCUCAGCUUAUUCUCCCGGUUGCAGUGGAGGAGGGCCACGGUGAAACACCAGGCCGGAAAGACACUCAUGGUUUCAGACUACAACGGGAGAUGGCAUGGGCUGCUGAUGAUCCACCGGCAGAAAAUAUACAACAGCCAAAUGUCAGCAAUUUUUUCGCGGGAACAGUGAACAAUUCAGCUUCUUUCCAUAGCUCAGCGACAGAGAAAACAACUCAUAACAAGACACAAUUUGUAAUCACUACUUCAGGAAGAAAAAAUAACCAUCAAAAGACUAUUUCCGAGGGGAGAAGUUUUGCAGAGAUAGACAUAAGUGAUAUUUUUAUUGGAAUCAAGACGACAAGUUCGUUCCACAAAAACAGAGUCCAGUUAAUCUUGGAUACUUGGUUACCGUUGGCGAAAGAACAGACAUAUUUCUUUACGGACAAAGAAGACCAUCACUAUCGGCAACUAUUAGGGAAUCACUUGAUUAACACAAAUUGUUCAUCACAACAUUCAAGGAAUGCCUUGUGCUGUAAAGUUGCUUCUAUGUACGACACAUUUUUAAAAUCAGGAAAAAGGUGGUUUUGCCACUUAGAUGAUGAUAAUUACCUCAACGUAAGAAACUUGGUGCUGCUAUUACAAGGUUACGACUAUCAUCAGGACUACUACCUAGGGAGGGCUAGCCUCAAUCAUGCCAUUCAAGCACUCGACAGAGACAGAGGAUAUAUGCAAAUUUCCUUCUGGUUUGCUACUGGCGGUGCUGGCUUCUGCAUCAGCGAGAGCCUGGCUUUAAAAAUGGCCCCCAUGGCAAGUGGAGGCAAGUUUAUGAAUCUAUGCAAUAGAGUUCGUCUACCAGAUGAUGUAUCAAUUGGUUUUCUUGUAGAUGGUCUCCUGAAAGUACCCCUCACAAGAGUAGGGGUGUUCAACUCUCACCUGCAGGGGCUGGGAGGAAUGGAGGAACAGAGACUUCUAAGUCAGGUGACUCUAAGUUACCUCAUUUCACCGUCAAGAAACAACACAAUUACUCUCAAGAAUGCUGCCUUCUCCACACAAGAUGAUCCAACAAGGUUACGAUCUCUACACUGCAAGCUGUAUCCACAGUCAUCCAAGUGUUAAAGUGGUGCUUUUUUAGCUGAAUUCAAAUGGACAAAAAAAGAGUGGCUGAAUAAGACUAGAUACUUCUUGAAUAUCCAUUAAAACUUCAGUAAAGAUGUUCAUUUUACAAAUGUUUUUUUUUUUCUUUAUUUUUUUAUGCAAGUUUGCCCCAAACAAGGCUAAAAGCCA